AUGUCAUCUCAAAGAUUGAAACUUCCUUCAUUGUCACAACCUCAACCCUUGGCAGAAUCUGGAAAUCAUUUGCCCCUGCUUGAAGAAAUAAUUGGUCCAAAUUACAACCGAUCUUUCCCACAAAAAAACAUUAGUGACCUUGCGAAAAACAACACAAGAAUCUCAUCGUCAAGAUCAUCAAUAACCACAUCAAAUUAUUUCCCUUCUUCCCCUAAAUCAUCACUGCAUCAGUCUCAAGAUUAUUAUCACAAUUCUUUCCAACAGUCUCCUCCAGGAAAUCUUUAUAAAGAUCCGUUUUGUUCCCGCUCUCGUGCCAUUUCUCACGAUGGCUUGUCGUCCACCGCCCCACUUUCUCCAUAUAACUAUCACGUCUCUUUGCCUUCGCUUGUAUCUUCAUUGCAUCAUCAAAGCCCUUUCCCUCAUAGAAGUAGCAUCAGCGGCAUGAUUACGACUCAACACACAUCGCCUCCAUUUAGUGCUGGUUCAAGCUCCUCUAUUUCUCUGACAUUAACUGGACCUCCGGCGCUGGCGCCUUCGUCUUCUUCGUCUUCUUCGUCUUCUUCCUUCUCCUCCUCGUCCUCUGCAGUCACCUCUUCUUCCGGGGCAUCGCUACAAAAUGGUUUUGAUAGUGUCCACUCAUCUCCCGGAGGAGCUGCUUGUUUCCCAUCUCAACCUUUCUCUCAACCCAACGCCUAUCAUUCAUCAAUGACCAUGCAAUUGCCUCCGGCAUCAUUUCAUAACGGCGGAGGAUUGGUGUCAGGGCAUCAUUUUCAGGGCGGCCAAAUGCCCAUCAGCAUAGAGUAUUCUGAUCCUUCGAAAAGGAAGGAAAUUAAACGGCGUACGAGAACUGGAUGCUUGACUUGUCGCAAACGAAGAAUCAAAUGUGAUGAGCGGAAACCAUUUUGUAUGAAUUGCGAGAAAUCAAAGAAAGAAUGUAUGGGCUAUGAAAAGCCUAAGGCUGCCAAUGAUGGCUCGAAAAAUAAAGCUAGAAAUAAACAAGCUUCAAAAGUUUGA